AUGCUUCAAGAGCUCCUCGGUGGUCUCCCAAUUGACAACUCCCCCGCUAUCGUAGAAGAACCCGUCCCCAUCGACAACUCCCCCGCUAUCAUAGAAGAACCCGUCCCCAUCGACCUCAACCCAGCUCUGGUUGAAGAACAAGAAAACAUCUCCACCGACCCCGCUAUCGUCAAGCCCAACCCCUUCAACUUCAAGGGACCCCUCGUCCAGGUCGUCGUGAACGUUGACUCCGCUUCUGAUGAUGUCACCGUUGACCAAAUCAACAACCCAGAAGAGGGUGCCCUGAAACCAGACCCCGUGAUCAUCGAUGAUGGUGAGAUCAAGCCAGACCCAGUCGUCGUGGUUGACAACGAACCCGAAGUUGACGCUGAGAACAUUAACGUGGAAGCCCCAUCCCUGACCCCGGAAAUCGCUAACCUCCCCGAAGACCUCAACUAA